AUGGAAAAUCUGGAAUUUCAGUUAGGAGAGGGUGAGUCAACAUCUUUUUGGAAUCACCACUGGACAGGGAGUUUGACACUUGCUGACCAAUUUCCAAGACUUUUUCGCCUCAGUAACAACCCUGGGGGCAGCAUUAAAAGUAUGGGAACAUGGAACGAUGGAGUCUGGGAAUGGAAUCUUGAGUGGAGAAGAAUCCUGCUUGAUAGAGAGAAAGACCAAGUUUCUGCUCUCCUGUCCUCUAUCAACAAUUUUAAGUUGGUGAAGGGGAAACCGGAUGGUUGGAAAUGGAAACUUUUGCCGGAUGGUUGUUUCACUGUUAAGUCGGCAUACAAGGCAAUCUGCGACGGGGUUUGUGCUCCUCAACAGAAGAAUCAUGCCUUAUCUGUCAUUUGGAAUGCACCGGCUACACACAACGCUAAAGUGACUGCUUGGAGGAUGAUGUGUGGAAGAAUGGCGACGAUCGACAAUCUCUUGAAGAGGCAGGUUCCUAUCCCGAACUCGGAGAUUGUUUGUAAACUCUGUUACCUAGAGGAUGAAGACACAGAGCAUCUUUUUUUCUCUUGCCAAAAGUCCACUGAAAUCUGGUAUGUGAUCCUCUCCUGGCUCGGUGUUCAGUCGGCUCUUCCUUCUUCUAAAACUGCCCAUUUUCUCGCCUUUAUUAAUCUGGGGCGUAAGAAGGAUGUUAGAUUCCUUUCUGGGGCCUGGAUCUGUGUGGUUUGGUGUAUUUGGAAACAAAGGAAUAGAUGCAUUUUUGACCAGGGGAGUUGGAUCAAAGAAAAAAUUGUUGCAGAAAUCAAAUCUCGUCUGUGGGGAUGGCAGAAGACUUUCCAAAUGGGCUCUCUUCCUUCUGAUUUCAGAUCUUGGUUUGAAGCAGUUAGCUUAGUGGACUGA